CGAUAAUCUCCAGUACAAUCCUGCGGUUUACUCAAAAAUCAUCCGAAAUGUCUCCAUCAUCAAAAAUUUUUCUACUCGCUGCACUUUUCAGCGUGAUUUAUCUAACAACAGUGACUUGCCAAUCGACUGAAAAUACAGACAAAGCUGUUAGCGAAGAAAGUACUACUGAAAAUGUGAACGACACGGUCCCACAAGAUCUGUACGUGAUCAAAACGAUUGUCUACGAAGUUGGGAUUUUAACGGAUGCAACGAACGACACUGACAACAACACCGAAACACACGAACAAGUCGAUGUGUCCUUCUACGAUCCUUCAACAAAUGGUAGCGUUAUUGACCUUUCCAAAAUACCCGUGCCCAUUCAGACCAAUGUCAGUGGUGUCACCAUCACAGGACUGCUUCCUGGUGCCGAUUUGGCGUCCAUUCUUCUACCUCCUGGAGACAAACCUGUUGCAGUUUUGCCCAAAAAACAAAUAACUGUGACGCAAAAUGUUAGCACAACUGAUCCAGACAGAGGCUCGGAAAUUAUCACGAAUUUGCCAAAAAUUUUGGGCUUGACGAAAAAGAAUAGCUCGGAGACGAGCGAAAGCACGAAGAAAGAGGAGAAGGAAAAGGAAGAGAACAAGGAAAAGGAAUACUUUUAUCUGGAAAAGUAAAAACUGCUAUUACUGAUGCACCUCUCUCUAUUUCCAUAUUUAUUCUUUUCUAUUAUAAUUGAGCGGUAUUUAUUUACGAAGUGUUGUAAUGUCUAGUACAGUAAUAAAAGAACCUACAUGAA